AUUGGUGUUGAAAAUAUGUAUGAAACACUAAACAUACUUAAAUGCCACUUGGUUUUGUAAUAGGCUUAUAUGGUAGGAUAGCAGGCAAGCAGAGAACGUAUGAAUAAAUUGAUCGAAUUUACAUAUUUUUAAUUGUAACACAUUCGUUACACCGUGGAAACCAAAAGUAAAAGUUUUUUUUAGUCUGUCUUCUAUCCAAUCCUCUUUUCAACAAAUAGGAUUAGGCAACUGUGAGAUUAAUCAACAGGUUAUAACGUGGUCAAUUUAGCAAUUUAAAUAACAAAAGACUAUAGACUGACGUAUAGGCGACUCAAAGGCUUCUAGGAAAUCUCAUCAACUCUCUCGGUUACAUCAGUCGGUCAUCGGGGGCGAUCAGCUGCAUUUCCACAAACAGCUCAGACGAAGCACUUACGCGUUUUCAGCCGUACUUUAACAUAACACCCGUCAUGACCAGUUUAUCUGUACUUUUCAUUGCGAUUCUCUGUGUUUUGUACAUAAAUACUCAUAUCAGCGGCGUGGAUUCAAGACCACCGGAUAAUUUACCAAUAUCAGCGCACAAAGACGACGUGACUGACGAGACAAGCCAUCGGGAACAUAAACAGAUCGUGCCCAUGUUGAGGAGAAAGUUCACCCGUCUUCCGAGUAUAUGUAGACGUCUGAGGAGAAGGAGGAUAACUAUUCUGUGUAAUACCGCAAAGUUCUGUUCUGCCAGAAGACAUUCCCUACGUGGCCAUGUGUGCUCCUGUCCAAAAGGCUCAAAGUGCAAAUAUUUCUUUUUAUGGAGUUUGUGACAUUGCACUGAAACAUGCUUUUAUAUUUUGAAUGACUUUAUAUGACUUUUGUAUUCACUUUUGUAAUUAGUGGAUGAAUAAAGAAAGAAGUCAUUU